CAUACCAACGCCAGGACUUGGGUGGUAGGUGAUGGCUUCCCCAUGGUGGCAACUGGCUCAACGUUAGGAUUGGUGAUGGAAGGGGAUGCGCAGGUCCAAAGCAGUCGAAAGCCCAUUCCAAGUUCCAACGCGCAAGCCCCAACCGCCGCGGCUUCACCUUCUUCCUCAUUUCUUCACUUCUUCGUAACCAAAACUGCAGGUGCAGGGCACGCAGCGCAGUAUUUGGACGCUGCCCAUACGUACUGUACCUACCUGCCGCCGGAUAACGGUAAGGGGGACGGCAAAGGGUCCUCAACAACAACCUGGACAGAUUUUCGGGGUCAGACUCCUCGGUCCAGCACUCGACGCAAGAGCAACAGGACCCCUGGACAUCUUCGAUAAGCACUCAACCCAAUAAGACGACUUUAGAGAACAGCCAAAGCACAUGAUGUCUAUAUGUCGUCGCGGUGCCUCAGUAUAUCAGGAAAGUUUGCUUCUUCACGUUGCGUCGGCGUCGCAACGCCUGUCGUCUGGAAGCGGGGCUACUCGCACUAUGUGCGCCGCGCAGGAGUCUCCCAGGGCGUCACCUGCCCAAUCAAAUGGAGCCAGGUCCGCCACAUUGCAACCUCUCGGACUUACGCUCGCAAUUCGUGGCCCGAAAAGCUUAGGAGCCGCAACCCGAAAUUGACGAAGUGGAUUACGGGCGGAGAACAUCAACCGAAGACGUCCUACGCAACCACACCAGCGCAUAUUCAAAAUGACGAGGGCAAGCUCAAACGCACCUACGGGGGAAGCAGCAGGCCUGGGGAGCGGGAUUACCUGCGUAAGCUUUUCGCUGAGAUCGAGCGGGAAGACGUCCGCUCUGCGUUUGGAACGUAUCGAUUCAUAAUGCGCUCUCCAUCGGCAAGAUCGACACUUACGAGAGAUUACAUUCGGUCAGUGAUCAAGCUUCUGCGAGAAAAUGACAGCGCGGAGUAUGAUGGCAUCAGCCGUAUUUCACAGAUCAUGGCAGAUUUGUCUAUCCUAUCGAUGGAUGUAGAUGUGCUGGACUAUAAUAGUUUACUGUCGUGCAUUGUCCGAGCUGGGGAUCCGGAAGCUAUCCUCCUCACACUUCGCGACAUGCGGUCAAAAAAUCUGAUCCCCAAUACGACGACCUACAAUAUUCUACUCAGUUAUUACGCCAAUAGUGGUAACAUCCUGGGUCUAAGAACGGCACUGGAGACCAUGAGUCAAGUGCAAGUUACGCCAGAUCUUACAACCUACAAUACGAUCUUGCAGGGGCUGACGGGUUAUCUGGAUGGCGUUCCAGUCGACGAACUCACCAACGUCUACCAGCGCAUGAUAGCGGACAAAGUCGAGCCGGACACCAGAACGUACAAUCUGCUUCUAAAGGGAUACGUGAGAGCAGACGAUCUCGAAGCAGCAAUGUCGGUUAUUGCACAAAUGCUUGCCGCUAGUCGCUUUCCGACGUCCGAGACUUUCGAAGCGAUCAUCACCGGUCUGCUCCGGAAUGGGGAUCUUGAAAGGGCAGAAACUCAUUACCACGCUAUGCUGCGAGCCGGAUUGACCCCGGAAUCAGUAAUUCUUGAGAGAUUCAUAUCCGUAUGCGCGGCACACGGAUUGAUUGAGGAUGCUGAGCGGUGGUUCCGAGAAUUGACGGAUAUACGGCCGCCAAGAUUGGAAGCUUUGCUACCUUUCAUCAGCCUGGCAGCUCGCGCAAAGGACUUGAGCGAACUGAAAAACUUGCUGCAAGUACUGAGACUCAACGACAUCAGGGACCCUCCUUCCGUACCAAUAAUAUAUCGCAAUGUGUUCCGCGAAAUGCUUGCAUGGAAGCACGAUGAUGUGUUCAUAGCGACGCAUGACAUCCUGACAUCACACGGGUGUUUCCCGGACCCCGAUCUUGAACAACACUGGCGGAACCGUUUAGCACCUCACUCAGAGAGGAGCACAACCAUUCAAAACUCCCGCCGGUCGGAUGUAUCUUUUCGUCGCAAGGGGUUUCAUGACGAAGCCUCGGACGUGAGUCCGGGUACUCGCUCGAACGCUCAAAGAGUCACCGAUCCAAGGAUAUUCACUGACAUCGUGGCCUUCAACCGAGAGUUGAAUGCGCUGGCCAAGACCCCUGAAACGCUCCCGCACGCCAUCGAGAUGUAUCGCGCUCUCGGUCGUCUGCGUCUGGCCCCAACCGGCACAACUUUCAGUGCCCUGAUUGGAGCAUAUGCACGCAUCCCGGAUGUUGUCUCGGUCGAAGCUAUCUGGCGGGAAUUGAAGGCCUCCGGUGUGGUACCCGAUAUCGCUUGUCACAAUGGAAGGAUCCGGGUGUAUCUCAAAGAUCGAAACGUCCCGAAAGCGACGAUCGCAAUGGAAGACUUCAAAAGCAGCGGCCUUAAGCCGACCGCCUACACGACGCGGCUGAUAUUGGAAUUUGCCGUGCUUCGUGGCGACUUGGACGCAGUCAAGAGCCUUCUUCACUUGGUGUGCCGAGACAGGAAUGCAUCGGCUUACGGCCUUCUGAACCGGGCGGUGGAGGCGCUUGUACUCGACGGACGCUUCAGCGAGGCGUACGAAUGUGACAUUGCGAUACACCACAUCCUCGCUGACGGCGCCACCCAGAACACUUACACCCAGCCCCUCAUCACAAGGCGUACGAGCGCGGCAAUGAUGAUGGGGCUAUUGGGAAUGGGACAAUGGCAGAAAGCGUGGUACUCUUACCAGUGCGCGGCAAAUGACCAGUGGAAUAUCCCGCUGCCGGAACACUUGGUCCUUGCAAUGGUUGCAACUCUGUGCAAGCAUAAAAUGUUCGACGAUCUCCAAUGGACACUGGCAUUGGCAUACAAGGACGGAAUAUCUCGUAACCAUUGGCGCUUCAUCACCGACCUCGUUGAAACACUAGACCGAGCAUCUGUAAACUCUUCUGACGGGGCCUUUACCUAUCAACUCGUCGACCACGCUCUCAAGGAUUAUCCCGCUGAAAACCGGCCAACGGCCAGAGAUGCAAUCUUUUUGCUCAGAUCGGCCGUCAAACGCCGCAGUGGGCAACAAAUCGAAGGGUGGCUCAAGCUUCUUUCCGACCACCAUGUGCCUUUGACCAGCGACAUCUACGAGAACUGGGUUUUCGGGCCGCGCGGAACAGACUGGCCUAAUCCUGAGAGUCUGGGAAACAUCCUCCAGAGUGCCAUCGGGGAUCAGGUGCCAUUGUCGGCUCACGCAGUAGCGCUCGCUCUGGAGGCCAUGAUCACGCAUCUCGACCAAAAAGGUGCUUACGCAGCCUACUCAUACAUGAAGCAAAAAGGCUAUGAGGUGACACAGGUACAACGCUCUCGGGUAGUGAACUUACUCGCCAAUGGGAACAUGCUCACCGAAGCCGGGUUGAUCGCUUGGGACGAGGCUACGAUUGUGGAUGAGGGCAUUCUCGAAUCUUUGGCCAUGGGUUACAGCAGUCAGAGUGGGCCGGAUGCCAAAGAGAAGGUCCUCGGAAUUCUGGAUCUCAUGGAAAGCGGGCAAAGAGACAAAGAACGGCAUUUUGUCGUGACUAUGAAGGCUAUGCAGAAAGCUAUGACCCAUCGCAAUGCGGGCCUCGCCGAAGCUCUGCUUCAGAAAGCUUUGAAGUCCGGGCAUGCAGUGAAAAUGACCGAUAUCAUCAGCGUGCUCUCUGCCCUCGCGGCGGAGGGCAAGGUUUCGGAGUUCUUGGAGCUUUUGACCACCAUGGUUGUCCACGGAAUCUACCCCGAAGACAUCGUACACAAUCUUAUCUUCAAAGCCUACGUGUCGGCUGGUCGGACCGUCGAGGCUGCACACAUACUUAUCAACGUGAAGACAGCCGGCCUUGUCGACGGACUGGAACUCAAGCCCGAUGCGUGGGCUUAUAAUACGGUGAUUGCUGCCCUUGCCAGGAUGGAGGAGGAGAACCUUUUGCAACAACUCCGGAAGGUUGCCGCAGCGAGAGGCUUCAUACCGGAUCUGGCGACGCUAACGUCGUUAUUACCUACUGCGAAAACCCUCGACGAUGUGGAGCAGAUAAAGAAAAAUAUCACCAAAUCGGGCUUUCAGACGGACAACAUUUACAACAUCGCACUCGCAACAGCUUAUGCCAGAUUGAAGGCUCCUAAUCUCUUGGAGGAUGUGCUCAAAACCUCGGCUUCCAACGCGAAAUGGUCAGCGGUGGAGUGGAAUCUGGUUCUGAAGGGUUGGAAAGAAGUCAAAGACUACCGGCGAUGCGUCGACGCAUUUGAAGAAAUGACAUCCUUCAAUGUUCAACCCGAUGUCAUCACAAUCAACACUCUCCUGUCCGCGGCCCUUACUUCGGCCAAUGAAGCGGGAUUCGACAUCGUUGCCGAGAUGGACAGAUGGACCGUCGUGUUGUCCCGGCGACAGAUCAAACCUGAUUUGGCGACCCUGAAUCUUUUCCUUCGCAAGCAAGCAGUGAAGAAUGAGAGCAACCUCUCAGGCAAGCCUCCCAAAAAUCAUCGUAAAUCGAUACGCAAGCGCCUCAACCGCUUCGAUGAACUUGGGUUCUCCCCCGAUCAGGACACUUUUAUCGCCAUCAUCAUCGUGCAUUCGCGUGCGUAUCUGGCUGGUGAGGAUAAAGAAGCAGCCAAGGAGAUGCUUCAUGAAAGCUUGUUGUACAUUGUAAAUGAAGAGAUGGUUGAGUACAAAGUACCUGCUUCAAGAGACGUCUACGAUACCAUCACGAGCGUUUUAUCGGAGUUAGGCGGGGCACGUGAGAUCGCGCAUUGGAUGAAGAUCAUGAACAACGCAAAGAUUGCACCGGACGCGAAUACCAUGAAGCAUUUUGUGGCCGCCUUGCUGCAACAAGGGGACCUCUCCAGUGCUGAGCUGGCGCUUUACAGUUUCUCGCAUGAGGAGUCAAGCCAUGAUCGAUCGCUUUCAUUACAAGGUACUGGGGUUCCCUAUUGCGACAUAGCGAAUUAUAUCCUGUCCCGGAACGACGCUCCGGCGAAUGUCAGUAUCAACCGAAUUACGGGAUUUUUGCAGCAGACUCCUGGGUAUGGCUUCUUUAGUGAGGGCAUCGAUAACCACCUCGUACAUAUGGUCGCCAACGGUUAUAUCGGCCACCCGGGCAGCCCGCGGACAGACGUGAACGUUGUACACAGAUCCAUAGCUCUUCUGAAAAAACUUCCCACAAAACUCAUCGACGAUGUAACAGUGGCGAUUGCCUUGAAACUCUGCUUGCAUCAACGGUGGUAUGAAGACGGCAAACUCCUCUGGAACUGGGCUUCUGGACGCCCUCGAGUACUGUGGGACUGCUCGCCCGAAAAAGCUGGCACCCAUUCGAUGCCUAUAGCCAAGGUCAAGGUCUUUAAGGCCAGAACGGCCUCGCGAAAAUCUGCCAGUCGUCGCCGAUGGGGAUUCAUCGUCUCGCAACCUUCUCCACGCGGUUUCGAGCGGCUCAAUGAGGCCUUCCUGUGCACAUAUCUGGACAUCAUCGGUGCGGAAACGGCCGAAAAUCCUACCUCGACAGCGAUAAAGCGGCUUGAGGAUACCUGGCAUGACAUGGUGCAGCUCCCAAUAUUAGCUGAACACAUGAAACCGGAUGAGGAGUCAAAGCGUGAAACGCGCCAGGCGAUCUUGGCAAACUUCAAGGAAUAUCCCACGGAGAAUAUGUGCAACUCUUACAUCGAAGCCUUACUGAGGUGUGGCCGCACGUCAGAUGCUGUGAUGUUUUUCCAGAGCAUGGGUGGACCAGGGAAAGUCACCGCGAAGACGGACAAGAAGAAGAUCGCAAAGGGCGACAAAGCACAAAAGACUAGUCUUUCUGCGAAAGCAUACUCCGCCACGCCCUCCGCGAAGACCAUCCGCACAAUCUUCGGGCCUUUAUGUACCUCUGGUGUCGACACGUCCGGUACCUCUGAAGAGGGGAAACCUCAGCUGCGCCACAAAGUCCGACAGAUCAUUUCCCUUCGCUGGCCUCAUCUUGUCAAAGUCGCGGAUCAGGUUGCUGAUGAGGAGAUGAAGAAACAAAAGGCGCGGGAGGUCGUUAAGCAGGAAACCGCGAAACUGGAGGAGACCUCUAAAGUCGCGCAGGAAGCUACGGUCAAAUUGCUCGCAGAGCAGAGGUUUGCACUGGUAGAUGCGAAUAGCGCUGAUGCAUCUCACACGAGUGCUCUUGCGGAUCCAAGCGUGUCGCACAUUUCUCCGAGCAAAGACGCUGAAGAAGAUGGUGGGCACGUCGCAGCAUUCGAUUCGGCCAUCCAAGCCGAAAGCGGCCUGGAAACACCUAAGGGAGAGGUUGCCGAGACGCCCGUGAUAAAUGAGCGGGAACUCAUGCACGUUAGUGGUGUGUGGAUCGAGGAUGCAGAAGAUGGAAGAAAUCUCGGAGAUUUUGGCGAGGAGUGUGUCGGCACUGUGGUAGAUGACGAUGAGCCGGAACUCAUGCACGCCGGUGUGUGGAUCGAGGAUGCAGAAGAUGCAGAAGAUGCAAGAAAUUUUGGAGAAAUCGGCGGGGAGGGUAUUAGCGAUGCGAAUGCUCAAGAAUAUGGGAAAAAGGAUGAACAACCGGCGCCGCUUGAGGAGGCAGAGGAUUGGCGGGCCCACAUGUAUGGUUUUGUCAAGCCAGCCCAUCGAGACUAGUUAGAGUGCGAAUACAUAUGCAUCACAUCAUUCCGAAGCGGGCGUUGAGCUAAGGAGGAGUACACAUAGAGGCGUAGCAGAUAGGAUUUCUUACUCGUGAUGCAUAUACGAGACGGUGCAAAUCGCUCCUUGAUUGAUCAUCAAUAAAAUCUCAUUGG